AUGGCUGGCUGCUUGGAAUCAUCCAGCAUUGAUGCUCAGCUUAACCAUCCUCCAAGUCUUCACAGUGACCAAGAGGAGGCAGUCAUCCAGACCUGUGGUUACUCCUGUUCCCCCCUCAAUGUAGUGGAUUCGAUAGUAGACAUCAUGUUCAUUGUUGACAUAAUCAUCAACUUCAGGACCACUUAUGUUAACUCCAAUGAUGAGGUGGUGAGCCAAUCUUCUCGGAUAGCAGUCCACUACUUCAAAGGGUGGUUCCUCAUUGACAUGGUGGCAGCCAUUCCCUUCGAUCUCCUCAUCUACCGCUCAGGAGAGGAGACCACCACACUGAUUGGCUUACUGAAGACAGCUCGGUUACUACGAUUGGUUCGUGUAGCCAGGAAGUUGGACCGUUACUCAGAGUAUGGUACAGCUGUGCUCUUCCUCCUCAUGUGCACCUUUGCCCUCAUCGCCCACUGGCUGGCCUGCAUCUGGUAUGCCAUAGGCAAUGUGGAACGGUCGACCUCAGCUGGAAUUGGUUGGCUGGAUAAUCUAGGCGAGCAGCUAGGAAAGCCGUACAAUGACUGCAUCAUUGGGUCGGGUCCCUCUAUCAGGGAUAAAUAUGUCACAGCUUUGUACUUCACCUUCAGUAGUCUGACCAGUGUAGGCUUCGGGAAUGUCUCCCCAAACACCAACUCUGAGAAGAUCUUCUCCAUCUGCAUUAUGCUUAUUGGCGCUCUGAUGUAUGCCAGUAUUUUUGGAAAUGUGUCAGCCAUUAUUCAGCGAUUGUACUCUGGUACAGCACGCUACCAUGCCCAGAUGAUGAGAGUUCGAGAGUUCAUCCGCUUUCACCAGAUCCCCAACCCCUUGAGACAGCGGCUGGAAGAGUACUUCCAACACGCUUGGUCAUACACUAAUGGAAUAGAUAUGAAUGCUGUUUUAAAAGGUUUCCCAGAGUGCCUCCAAGCAGAUAUUUGUCUCCACCUCAACAGGUCACUGCUUCAGAACUUUAAGGCUUUUAAAGGAUCCACUAAGGGCUGUCUGAGGGCACUAGCCAUGAGGUUUAAGACCACCCACGCUCCUCCUGGUGACACCCUUGUACAUGCUGGAGACCUGAUAUCAGCUCUGUACUUCAUUUCUAGAGGAUCCAUCGAGAUCCUCAAAGGAGACGUGGUGGUAGCUAUACUAGGAAAGAAUGAUAUCUUUGGGGAACCCAUCAAUGUGUAUGCUCUGCCAGGGAAAUCCAGUGCUGAUGUCAGAGCUCUGACCUACUGUGAUCUGCACAAGAUAAACAGGGAGGACAUAUUAGAGGUUUUGGACAUGUAUCCUGAAUUUUGUGAAUAUUUCUGGUCCAACUUGGAGAUCACCUUUAAUCUCAGAGAUGUCACACCAUCUCAGCACGGAGACAGAGAGCUGCCUAUAGGUAUAGAAGAAGGCACAGCGCACCCAUCCCCACCAGAGAUGAGUCCAGUGAGGGUGGUGUCAUCUGCAAACUUUAGGAGUGAUAUGGACUGGUGGCUUGAGGUGCAGCUGUUUGUGUACAGGGAGACCCAAGGAAUGGUAACACCUCUCACUGUGUGUCUCACUAUCUCUCACAUGUGUGAACCACAUGCAUUCUCAGGAGUGUCUGGCAUCUUUACAUUCUGCAAAUCAGAGAGUCAAGAGGAGCAGAGAUACCAGGAGGUGCCCUGCUCAGACAGCCUUCCCUCACCCUCUCCUGAGUCUCCCUCCAAGCAGUACUUUGACCUGCCCUCCUCCUUCCAACGUCCCUCCAACCAUCCUCCUCCUCCCCCUGUCAUUUCUCGGAGACAGAAGCUGGAGUUAGACAAGAGGCUGGAAGUACUCCAGCAACAGAUAACCAGGUUGGAAUCGCGUAUGUCAGCAGACAUCAAGACCAUCAUGCAGCUGCUGCAAAUGGAGAUGCCAAUGACCUUACCUUCCUACACCACUGUCACAUUAGCACCCAACAUACCUUCCUCCCCCGUCCUGUCUCCCACUGCUGCCUCCCCAACUGGCACCUCAAAAACUGCGUUUCCCACCAUCAACUCACCAUCCACCAACCGGCAGCAGCAACAGUCCAGUGAAAACCAAGAUCAAGUCUUUUGA